UCAAAACCCGAUAAGUGAAGGAGAAAAUCGGAAGCAAAAGAUAAGAUGGGUUCAGUGGCGGUGGUGCCAAUGUUGUUCGCCGACAGCUGCCGUAGCAUCGCCGUUACAGAUGCGGCAAGUGCGUUUCCCAUAUCAGUUAACAAACACCUCAACAAGCACGCAUUUGGUUGGUGCUGUCGAAGUUCAAACAACACUAACGCCAGUGAAACUAUAUCCUCAACAACCGUUGCCGGAAAAUUAACCGCCACCUCUUCUUCCAAUAGUUACCCAAAGUAUGAUCGAUUGCUUCCAUGUCCUGCACAUAAAUCACCACCAAGAAUUGAACACUUAGUUGUUUCAGAAGGAGGACCUGUUUUAGAAUACAUUUGCAAAGUUUUGGAUCUUCCUCAUUUGUUUGUUGCAGAUUUGAUUCAAUUUGGAGCUGUGUAUUUCGCUCUUGUUUCUCCGGAGCCUCCUUCUACUGCUACUGCAGAGCAAAUUAGAAUUUUCAAAGAAGUAACCAAACCAUUGGUUCUUCAAGAAAGAGAUUCUAUCAAAGGAAAAACUUUAAGAGAAGCUCAGAAAACUUUUCGUGUAACUGAUGUGAAUCAGGUUGUUGAACCAGGAACUUAUUUGCGAGUUCACGUGCACCCUAAGCGUUUUCCUAGGUGCUAUGAGAUUGACUGGAGAUCAAGGAUCAUAGCUGUGGAGGAAUCAUAUGUAGUUUUGGAUAAACCUGCCGGUACUUCAGUAGGUGAAACUAUCGGCAACAUUGAAGAAAGUUGUGUAACCUUUGCAACCCGUGCCUUGGGAUUGACAACCCCUUUGAUGACUACCCAUCAAAUUGAUAACUGUACAGAAGGCUGCGUAGUAUUGGCUAGGAAUAAAGAGUAUUGCUCCAUCUUUCAUUGCAAAAUCCGGGAGAAAAAGGUGAAGAAGAUCUAUCUUGCUCUUGCAGCUUCUCCUUUACCAAUUGGAAUCAUUAAGCACUAUAUGCGUCCUGUAAACGUGGCUCCUCGACUUCUUUCUGAAGAUUUUAUCAAGGGAUGGCAUAUUUGUCAACUUGAGGUCAUGGAAUGCAGAAAGAUUCCCUGGCCGACUAUUGUUGUUCAAGAUGAAUAUUGUAUUGAAGACUGUGGAUGGCCCUUUCAAGAUUACGCGUACGAGUGUAAAAUCAACCUUCUCACUGGUCGAACUCAUCAGAUUCGAGCUCAAUUUGCUGCUUGUAAGGCACCGAUAAUUGGCGAUUCUAUGUAUAUGGCUGCUACAAUUGCAGAGAUGAUUAAUCCUGGACUUAAUCCAUUUGGAAAAUAUAAGAAAGAUUUUGACUGUGAGAGUGAAAAAGAAACGGCCAUGAUAAAUUGGAUUGCACAACAUGGAAAAGAGCCUAGUGUUGCAAUUGGCCUUCAAGCUUGUCAAAUUUCAUGGGAUGAUGAUGAACACUUUUACAGAGCGGGUUCACCUUGGUGGAGGUGUUAAAAUGCUGGAAAUGUGUUUGAGUUGCGGAUAUGACUCAACUCUGAAGUCAUUAUGUUUUAGUAUUGACUCAGUUUUGAGUGAGUAUCACUCAUUCAAAUCGAAAACAUCCUGAUUCAGUGUUGCAACUGAUUUGUAUACCUGAAAAAUGAAGAGAUUUUUUUACAUGCAGAUAUUCAAUAAGAGGAAGCGUUCUCAUGUAUCAUUCUAUGUUUGGUUUCUCCAUUUUACAGCAAGAGUGCAAAUUUCCCUAAGAUGGUAGAGGAAUGCAAUGAGGUUGUGCGAGUUUGAAAAGAUAAACCCAAAUAAAAGGGAAAAAAGAGGAGCUUCAUGGAGGGAUUGGUACAUGCUGUCACAUACCGGCGAGCCUUGAUCAUCCUUUUCUAUUUUAAUCAACUCUAAAAUCUAAAUAGGUAGGCUAGAGGAUAGAUUAUUCUCUGUCAAGGCCUCUUUCUGAAAAUGUACAUUUACUUGGAUAUUGAAGAAUCGAGAAAAUGUCACAAUAUUGGAAACUUGGCUAAUUAGAAUGUUCUGUUCCGUACUGCAUUUUGGCAUAUAAGUUUUUUGUUUAUGCUUGUAACUUAAUCGUUUCUACU